CCGUUAGUAUGUUACUAUGCAACGAGACGCUCAGAUGUGUCGCGUUAACUUCCUACCGGAGUAUUCCAUUAAGAAGCCGAGUGUCAGAUAUGGCCGACGGUUGGUGCACUGACACCGGAGAAUCGGUUUACCGUUCCCGGGAUGCGGUUAAAAACUUACGAAUACGAGUGCGCAUACAGCGGGUGACCUCCACAGCCGCUCUGUCUCAACAUCUCCAUCAGCAAGUGCUUUCCCAGCAGGAGAGAGGAGUUAUAGAGCUGGACACCUUCAGCUCUCAGACUCGAGCUGCUUCCACCACUGAUGCGGAGGAGCUGGUGGUUGGUUGGCAAGAGAAGUUCUUCAGUCAGUAUGAAGUGGACCUUUACCAAACAGAGUCAAAUUGUCAAACACCACUGGAGCGUCAGUAUCACACAGAAAUCAUGGCAAUGGAAAGAUCCAAAAGAAGACAAAACCAGCGCAUUUUCACCUACACAGACUUUGAUCGUUUUUCCAAAUGGGAAGAGCAAGCCCAGAGUCUGCUGAUCCCAGCUCAGUCCACACCAACCUUUUUAGCAGAACGCAUGGCCAAUGUUAGACACAGGAGACAAGAGAGACGUCCUGUAGAGUCUAUUGUUCACAAGUCCCGUUUAAUCACAUGGGAGCCUUCUGAGGAGUUCAUAAAGAACAGCCACAUCAUCAACACACCAGUGCAGACCAUGCACAUCAUGGGAGAUCUUGGGCCUUCAGGGAAGUUGGGCCUGAAAGAGAAUGAAUAUAUAUUAUGCACCAUAAAAGCAGAUGGUAAUGGAGUAAUCACAAUAAAACCAGACUUUAACAACAACAGAGGAGCCUACAGGCUGGAAACGCAGUGGGAGAAGAGGGAGGUGUGGAGGCUGUAUCUGGAGAGCGCCUCAUCAGACAUUCAUGCAGACGAGAAAGAGAGAGAGCAGCGCAUGUACAGAGAUCUGUACACACGUCACAAAGAUUACCUCAACAGCCUGGUUGGCCAAGACUUUGAAAUGCCACCUCCAGGAAUACUUCGCCUGAUUGUAAAUGGAGAGAUUGUUUCUGCUCAGGGCUAUGAGUAUGACAAUCUUUAUGUCAAUUUCUUCCUGGAUUUACCAAAUAAUUGGUCAAGUGUUCCCUUUCACUGUCUGUCUGGUGUGACUCAGACGUGUUGCACACGCAGUGUGGGAAAGGAGGAUGUUGCCUUCUUCUCCUAUCCAUUCAGCUUUGAGACCUUUUUCCAUAAGGAAGACGAGUCUGAUGGGUCAUUACCCCAGUGGCCAGUGCUAUAUUUCAAAGUUCUUUCCUUGGAUUUCUGGCAGCGCUACAGAACGGAAGGCUAUGGCUUCCUGGUCAUUCCCUCAACGCCAGGGUAUCACAGGAUGACUUGCUGCACAUGGAGACCCCUCCAGUCCGGCACGGUGGCUGAACUGAGACGCUUCUUCAUCGGCGGCGCUCCUGAACUCGAGGACAUCAGUUAUGUCAGAGUGCCUGGCACUUUCAAGGGAAAGCGAUUGAGUCGCUUUGGCUUUCGCACUCAAACCACUGGAAGUGUGACCUUUACUCUUAAUUGUAUCCAGCAUGCCAGGGCUUUUAUUGAUGCCAGCACCCUGAAGAAAAGAAGACAAACUGUUCUGGAUCAGCUGGGCGGCCACAGUCAGCAGGGCUCUGUCUAUAAUGUUCUGGAAGCGUUUCAGAGGGCACAAAAGCGCAUGCAGGAGGCAAGAGAGACUUUACCCAGAGAUCUCAUCAACACCUCUGCACAACUAAACUCAGAGUCUACUGCAUAGGAACAUUACACAUGAAAGAUGUAUAAUAAUGCU